GUAAUCACAGCAGCACUAUCGAUUCAAAAAUGGCGCGAAAAAUUGAUUGAUAUUGAUUGUUAUCUGGACUAAAUCGACUACGCCCUUCGAUUUUUCCUGCCAAUGUGAAAAUGGUGUCGUUGGCAGUGAAGGUUAACAACAUUCACAAACAAGUCGAAUCGAAGCUAUCGAAUGAUGAAAGCAGUCCUAACGCAGUGAUAUGAAUGUUUGUUGCAGUUAAUAUUUCGUGGAAGAAUCUGACUCUUACGACAGCCGAGAGAAGAAAAAAAUCUAUAUUGCUUUCUCUCUUUCUAUCCAUCUGCACCAUCCAUCUGUCGCCGUCCAGGAUGGCAUCCCUGCGCUCGAGCGACGCGAAGAGAAAACGCGGCGAUUCUUCCGACCGCCGUGUCGGAAAUCCAAGGACAACCAUCCCCUCGCUGCUGAAAUACAUGGAAGGCUACGAGGUGAUCGUAGAGCUGAAAACGGGGAAGCGCCACCGGGGCAUUCUUUCCUCGGCGGACGACAACAUGAACCUGAUCCUGGAAGAGGGCGGGUGCGAGGACGGGGACGACCACGGGCCCGGCGGCAGCGGCGGGCCUCCGCCGGCCUCCGUGGUGGCGACGGUCCGGAACAUUCGCGGGUCCAGCGUCCGCUACCUCCACUUUCCCGACAACGCGGACCUUGCGUCCCUGGUGCGGUCCGGCCGGGAACGGGAGCGGAACGCUUCCAAGAGGUACCAAAAGACGAGGCGCAAGAGCGGCUGAGGCUGCGUYCGCAUCGCGCAACCGGGAAAAGUGCGGUGCGGUGUGAUGCGGUGUGAUGCAAUGCAAUGCAAAAGCAGUGGAAUGCUGGUGUCGAUCGCAUCGCAUCGCAUCGCAUCGAUUCGGUGCGUUUGUUGCGGGGGGAGGAGAUGUGAGAUCGAAAGAGCGAAACCGACGAAACGAAAGACCGUCAAGACUACGGGAAGAAUGCAGAAAUGCCUGGCACGGGUCGGUCACCAGCUGAUAAAAGGUCACCCUUCGCAUCGAUGCAUGCGCGGCACAUCCAAACAAGAAAAACUCAAGACAAAACACUUGGUUACGAAAAACCAUGUGCAUGCAUUGCAUGUCGAUCGAUCCAUUCGGAAAGGGUAGGACAAUCGCACAAGGCUCUGUUGGUGGUUUUUAGAUGAAGGAAAUCUCGAUGCAUACGCCAAAACGGAACGGUGUAGAGGGAGCAAACCAACAAGGUUGCGCCCCUGGACAACGCCACGCACGGUUGAAACCAUGCUUCGUUCCCGGACACGCAGGUGUAAACAAUUGCGAAUAUAGCGGCACUACCGUAGAUGGAUCAAAAUUUAAAUAAUCAAACGUCUAAAAC